AUGUCAUCUGUGACGCCACCAAGACGCCGAAGGAUAGAUCGCACCGACUUCAGCUCUCCCCGGGACACAACGGAAGAUGCUCCCGGAACUCCGGGCCCCACGAAGGCUAGAAUCGCGAAUCUGAACAGUCAGGUGCAGGAGCUCGUCCGGAAACAUCAUGCAGCCGAGGAGAGUGCCUACGAAGCGAAACUCGAGCAGCACGAUAUCCAGCUCGCCGACGUGCAGGAGCAGCUCGCCGCUCAGGAACGUCGCAACGCCCGGAUUACGAGGGAGCUUGAGCGCUGCGAGGCUGAGGGCAAUGGGAUGCGUGAAGAGCAGCAGAAGGCGCUCCUGGCCCUCAGUGAGGAAAGGCUUCAGCUAAUUGAGAUGGAGCAGCGUUUGGCGAACGCCGAAGCUGAGCGAGUGAUUCGCGACCACAAGCUUGCGCUCUUCAAGAGCAGGGAGGCUGACAUGAUGGUCGCCUCCGACAGAACCAGUACACGCAUUGCUGAGCUCGAGGCUGCGUUAGAGACAGCAAACACCAGCGCCGCCCAUCAACGAGCCGCCGAGACCAAGAGCGCCUUAGACACCACUGCUGCACUGGAGUCCCAGAUUAAGGAGCUGCAGGACUCUCUCGUCAGUCUGAGCGCCGAGAACGAGAAGCUGAGGUCGGAGAGCGCCGAGCUCCAGGAUGCUCACAAGUCGCUGAAGGAGAAGGAAAAAUUGACCCGCGCCGAGCUCGCCACGGCUCAGGCAGCAGCGGGCGGCGACGAGAAACUCAAGAAACAGCUGCGCGAAGUCAAGGCUGAAUCUGCCCAGCACGAGCAGGAGAUCGAGGAGCUGCGAGAACAGCUCGAAUCUCUGAAGGAGACCAACAAAACUCUCAAGGCGAAGGAAAAGUCGGCCCGAACAGAGCUGGCCAUGGCCCAAGCUUCUUCUGGCGGCGACGAUAAGCUGAAGGCACAGCUUCGCGAGGUCAAGGCGCAAGCAGCCAAACACGAGGAGGCAGUGGAGGAGGCGCGAGAGGAGCUCGAGACGCUGAAGGAGACACAUAAGGCUCUGAAGGCGAAGUACCGCGAGGAGCGGGUUCGUAUCGCUGGCAUCGAGGAGGAGCUUGAGGUGCUGAAGGCCGCGAAGCCGAGGAGCAGGAAGGCGACACCUAAAGACGACAGCGGGAGUGACUCGGACAUCGCGCCAGUACGGAAAAAGAAGGCCGCCAAGUCGCCCGUCAAGCCGCGGGCGAAGGCAUCUCCAAAGUCGAAGUCGAAGGCGCGCAAAGCCUCCCCCGUUAGCGACAGCGAGGACGAGUCGCCCAAGAAGAAGCCGAAGAAGGCACCCGUCUCCGUGAAGGAGAAGGCGAGCAAACCGGUGUCCAAAGCUCGCAAGCCGUUAGCAGAGGCAGACGUGAACGCCUCCGACGACGACAGGUCGGUGCGCUCGUCUGCUGAGCCAGAGAAGAAGAAGAAGCGCAAGCUGUUCGGUGCCCAGCCCGCAUUCAAUUGGGAUCCCAUCUUGAGUAAACCAAUGCUGAUGGAUCAGAGCGGAGACGGUGUCAUUCCCACUUUCUUAUCUCCUGUUAAGAGCACGAGGGCUGUGGGCACAAUCCCCCGCGCAGGGUUCUCAAAGAGCUCGCGCCUAGGAUUAAAGUAG